AUGGCGGACAGUCCACCGAUCUCGGAUUCGCAGCAAAAACGCAAAAGAGCGAGUCGAAAGAACACCCCAAAACGGUUCAGCUGUGAUCAUGAAGGCUGUACUAAGAUAUAUUCUCGACUUGAGCAUCUCCAACGCCAUCAGCUAAAUCACAAGCCCAAAGAAGUAUUUCGCUGCCAAGCAGAGGGUUGUGGCCAGACCUUUGUGCGACUCGAUCUUUGUAUGAGGCAUCAGGCUAGACAUGGCGAGACUUCAAAAUCAACAGACCGGGAUGCUGGCAUAAUGGUGCGCGAAAGCACAUAUGAGUUCUCCGCCGAACCUGCCGACGAGGACAGCUCAGGUCCUCGCAUCGUCGAAACAGACGUCACAAUCAGCCAGCCUACUGCACAAGAUACAACCGAGGAUCAAAGUAUACCAUUGGAGAUAGGAACAAACAUCUCUGACUGGAUGCCGACCGGUAUGCUGCAGAAUAAUGCUGAGUUUGUAACGACGUGUCAACAUAGCAACGAAAACUUUGCGACCUGGCUGUUUGAUAGUCCGGGCUCUCAACAACAGAAUUUUGACCUGUCCAACUUCCUUCCAUAUAUGGACUUUGGCAUCGAUUACUGCUCCCCGAUUAACGAUUUGUGGCACUUGGACUCUAGCAACAAUGCUGCAAAUCCUCCAGUCAGCGACCUGUCGCCAACAAUGGUCGUAACGGAACCGACGUUCCAAAGUGCUGAUCAAUAUGGCUGCAACAGUCAUACCCGUGUCUCUGUCCAGUGCAGAUCAAGGGUGGUUCAAAGUAUCAGCCUAUUCCUCAUGAAGAAACGCCCACCAGGCAUGCAAGAUGUUCUCCAGGAAGAAGAUCUGUUGUUCGGCUCCAACGGACGUGAUCUACCGAAUCUGACAGUGAAAGUCUUGGAGGACUGUUUGUCUAGCUUUUGGACAUAUGUGGCGGUUCAGAUGCCUAUCAUCCACCAACAGACUUUCUCAAGCGACGAUUGCCAACUUCUUCUCCUUCUCUCGAUACUCAUGCUAGGAGCGGGUCAGAUAGUCCGACUCCAUCCGAUGAAGACACGAGACAGCCACCGACUUCUCGCGGAUCUUCUAGCAAUCAACCUUCGAUGGGAGAUCUUUCCUGAAGCAGAACCUCCCAUAACCUUGUGGGUCGCCCAGUCGUUGCUGCUUCUUGAAUUCUAUGAGAAAAUGUUUUCGAGCCGUCGACUGCACGAGCGCGGCUACAUCCACCACGCCUCGACUUUAGCUUUGCUACGACGCGGUAGUCCUAUGGUUGGCCAUGCCGAAGACGAAGAGCCACCAACACGUUGUCCCUCCCCUGGUUUGAACAUGCAACAGAGCACCGGUGUCUCGAAGCAACUCAGCUGGUGGCGUCGCUGGGCUAGAAAUGAGUCAUGGCAUCGCGUGGUCUUUGCAGCCCUUCAGAUGGACACUCUGCAUGCCAUAGCCUUCGGGCACGAGAGUUCGCUCCUGCCUUACGAGGUCCGGCUUCCGCUACCCUGUGAUGAUGCUCUCUGGUCUGCUCAAAGUCCUGAGGAUGUCUGGCGGCUGGAAGAGACGUUUUUAAUGCACGGUAUUAGCCAGCAGCCGUUUCUGGACAAUUUGAAGCGGUGCCUGCAUGGUCAUGAGGUACGAUCAAAUCACGGUGCGCGGAUUAUCCUCGGUUCUGGCCUCCUAAGCGUCGGUUGGCAUAUCAAACGCCGUGAGAGAAAUCAACAAUUUCUGGACACGAUUCCCUCUGCACAGGAGCAAGAACGCUGGCGAACGUUGCUUCUCAAUGCGUACAGUCAUUGGUGUCAAAGCUUUCAAAAAGCGCUCGAGAAGUCGAAAGUACACAGUCGGAAGCAUGAGAACAUCCGAGAUGUAGUGUUCAACCCGAUUGUUCUCUUCCGCUUGGCGUUUAUCACGACACACAUCGACAUUCUAGAUGCUCAGGUCUUCGCAGGCUAUAAGCGCUUACUCGGCCGUAAAAUCACAGACAAGGAUUAUCUUGGGUGUUCGACAAGAAUGCGAAGCUGGGCUAUGAGCAACUCGUCGAGACUGGCUGUCACACACGCUUUCGAAUUUCUCGACGAGACUCUUCUGAGAACAAAUUCGUCCAAUGGGGUACAAGGGUCUGACCAAGUUGUGCCGACCGGGUAUACAUGUCGCGCUGAUGCAUCUAGCUAUCGCCCAUGGGGCUUGUACCUUGCCGCGCUGACGAUCUGGUCGUAUCAGUUUGCAUCGAGGGCCUCUCAUACCUCUUCACAAACGCCAUAUGUGUCGGAUCAGACCUUGUCACAAAGUAUGGCCUAUGAGUAUAUUCGGAGAUGUACUAGAUCUGGCGUACAUGCUUUUUCCGGCCAGAUGUCUGCUCCAGGAUGUGCUGCAGUGUGCAAAUAUCUGGCAAAGGACUUCGCGAAUGCUGAAUGGGAACUACUGCUAGAAGCAUCUAGAACACUGGAUUCGUGUGCGUCUACUAUACUAGACAGAUAA